AUGGGAGUCGCCGGAUCGGAGCAUUCGACCCUCUACGCCGCGCCACCAGGCCACCUGACGCUGAUCAUGGCAGCGCGGAAGAGCGCUUCGUACACUCUUCCCUCCGACCCUCGCUUUAGCUUCUACGUGUACACCCCGCGCAGCCAUCCGAUCACGCGCCGAGCUCGCGGCGAGGACGUCGGCGUCGACGGGGUCGUGACGGGCCCAAAGACGGUAUCUCUGACCGACUCACCAAUGAAGGGCACGUUCGUGUUCGGACGCGGUGCAGGACCGAAGGGCUUCGGGCUCAUGGUCGCCAUCCACGACUCGAAGCGGGACGCGGAGAAGUUACGUGAUGAGUGGGCGGACAUUGCGGAGGAGGAGGGGUGCAUCCUUCUCUCGCCGUGCUUCCCGUGUGAUAUCAAGUUCCCCGAUGGUCCGGACAACUUCAAGAAGCUCGAGUGGGAGACGGCAUCAGGAGAGAUCAUCCUAUACGACGAGGUGCUCCUGCAGAUGAUCGACACGGUCGAGCGCGAGUGGGGCUGCGUCGACACGCGGACCUUUGCGCUGAUCGGCUUCUCGGGAGGAGGCCAGUUCGUCCACCGCUUCCUGUACCUGUACCCGGAGCGGCUGCAUGCCGUGUCCAUCGGUGCCCCCGGGCGAGCAACGCCGCUCAUCGACGAGCCGUGGCCGGUCGGCAUCGUUGGCGCCCCGACACGGAAAGACGGCUCCAGAAUCGACCCAAAGAAGAUCGCGGAGAGAACACAAAGCGGAGAGACGGUCGUGCAGCUGCUCAUCGGCGAUCAGGAUCACUGGCGACCCGUGCAGCCUGAUGGGUCACUUGCUCCCAUGUCUCGUUUGGACUGCACGAACGCCCUCAAGGCUAGCUUCGAUGCACACGGCAUCAAGUACGGGUUCAAGCUCGUCCCUGGCGUCAAGCACGAUGCGGCCGAGAUCCGAGCCGUCGCCAAGCCCUGGAUCAGAAAAUACGUGCGACAACCUGUCGCCAGUAUGGUAGCUAAUAGAUCAAUGUGCAAGAUGCAUUGA